AUGAAGAGAUCAGCGACAGCAGCAUAUGCAUGGGAAAAGAAUGAACAACAACAACUUCAAAAUGAAGAUACUGGAACCCCAGAUACUGGAAAACGUGAAUGGCGUGAAAAUCAAGUUAGAGAAUCAUUGGCCACAAUCCUUUUACUACCAGGUUUCCUUUCUUAUCAAUCAAUGGGUCUUGGACAACCAGAAAUUGUUGUUAAAACGAAUUUAAUUGAUAAAAUGGUUCAACCUUGUGGACCUGCACCACCAGCACCUGUUGAUGACAUGAUCAAACGAGCAAAAGAAGCUCUUGCACAAUAA